CGCCUGUCACACACAGCCCUCCCCUCCACUACAGUGCUCACCAGCGACCAAUCAGCUCUCGCCUUCCUGGGUAUAACCUGUUUUGUUACACUGAAAGACGGAGCCUUAUUGGUUGCCAUUGGCAACUAGCCGCGUUCUGUCAUUACACGGGUCUAGCGCGUGCCCAGUACUCAUCCGCCCGCCCUGUCACACCGGUCACCUCCGCUGCCGUGCCCCGCACCGUCCGCCAGCCCUCCCCGUGCUCCCGGCUCCUCCCCCCUAGUACUCUCCAUCCAUCCUUCUCUCUAUGGUCUCUCCUUCUCUAGUCCCCGCCGCUCUUCUCCCGCCUGUCUCGGUGUCUGUUCUCGCUGUUACUUUCGGUCGCUCUCAGCCUCCGGCCCUCGCAGUCACCAUGGGCCUCAGGUGAUAAACCGAGCCGGCCGCCGGAUACAACGGGCGGGGAGCAGAGCUACCGGAGAGCGUGGAUUCCCGGGCCUGACCGCCCGCACCGGGGGCCCUAAAACCGGCAUAAUAGUCCGGUGUCUUAAAGUUUGGAGGGGCUCUUUCUGAACUGUGCGAAAAUGGAGAAAGGGGAGAAGAUCAACAAGGAGCAGGAAGAUGAGAUGGAGAUUUCUGGAUACAAUCUUUGCCGGUGGAAGUUGGCUUUAGUAGCUGUGGGCGUGUUAUGUACUGGAGGAUUUCUCCUCCUCCUUCUCUAUUGGAUGCCGAAGUGGCGCGUGAAAGCAACGUGCACUCGGACAACAUUGAAAGACUGUGACGUUGUGCUGUUGAGAACAACUGAUGAGUUCAGAAGAUGGUUUUGUGCAAAAGUACGAAUACGUUUGUGUCCAGGAACAGAUCCUUUUCAAAACCCUGAGUCCAUGGCAAGCGAAGUGCUCAAUGGUCACACAGGCCACCUUCCUGUGAGUACCACCGAACACAGUGAAGAUCAUCUAAUAAAUAAGUUGAAAGUCCCACUAAAGGAGGUUCAUUAUUUUGUGCAUCACAGUGUGACUUACUACUGGAAUGAUUUGCACCAAACUUUUAACUACUUAACGGGUCUAGAUGAUAGGGUUUCAUGCGCUGCCAUACACACUGAGCACAGCAAAGGAUUAAGUCAAGAAAUCCACAAUUAUAGAAAGUUAUUUUAUGGAAUAAAUGAAAUUACUGUUAAAGUGCCUUCUCUUUUUAAGCUUCUAAUAAAGGAGGUCCUCAAUCCUUUUUACAUUUUUCAGCUCUUCAGUGUUAUUUUGUGGACCACAGAUGAAUAUUACUACUAUGCAUCUGCCAUUGUGUUAAUGUCUGUAAUAUCUAUUAUCAGUUCUCUGUACACCAUUAAAAAGCAAUAUAUAAUGUUACAUGACAUGGUUGCAGCCCACAGUAUUGUCAGAGUUACCGUAUGCCGUGCAAACAAAGAGGUUGAAGAAAUCAUGUCUACUGACCUUGUACCUGGGGACAUUAUGAUAAUCCCACCUAAUGGAACCAUUAUGCCAUGUGAUGCCAUCCUUAUCAGUGGUACCUGCAUUGUGAAUGAAAGCAUGUUAACAGGUGAAAGUGUACCAGUAACAAAGACUAACCUGCCAGACCCAUCUACAAGUUCCAGAGGAGUGGAGAAUGAAAUCUAUAAUACAGAAGUUCACAAGCGUCACACUUUAUUUUGUGGAACCACUGUCAUCCAAACCAGAUUUUAUGCUGGAGAACCUGUCAAAGCCAUAAUUGUCCGGACAGGAUUCAGCACAUCUAAAGGACAGCUUAUUCGGUCCAUACUUUAUCCAAAGCCAACAGACUUCAAGCUUUACAGAGAUGCCUAUAUGUUCCUGCUGUGUCUUGUAGGGGUUGCUGGAGUUGGGUUCCUUUACACUAUUAUAAAUAGUAUUUCAAAUAAGGUUCCGGUCAGCAUUAUUAUCAUUGAAUCACUUGACAUAAUAACCAUCACAGUACCUCCUGCUCUUCCUGCUGCCAUGACUGCUGGAAUCGUGUAUGCACAAAGGCGCCUGAAAAAACAUGGCAUCUUCUGUAUCAGUCCUCAGAGGAUAAACAUCUGUGGACAGUUAAACCUCAUAUGCUUUGACAAGACUGGCACUCUUACUGAAGAUGGUUUGGACCUUUGGGGAAUCCAGAGAGUGGAAAAUGCAAGGUUUCUUUUGGCAGAGGAAAAAGCUUGCAGUGAGAGCUUGGUUAAAUCUCAGUUUGUUGCCUGUAUGGCAACAUGCCACACACUCACAAAAAUUGAUGGCGUGAUUUCAGGUGACCCCCUCGACUUAAAAAUGUUUGAAGCCAUAGGAUGGAUUCUUGAAGAAGCCACAGAAGAAGAGACCGCACUUCACAACAAGAUCAUGCCAACAGUUGUUAAACCUCCAAAGGAACCUACCAGUGAGCUCAAACCUGCCGGCAGUGAAGAAAUGGAACUGUUUGAGUUACAGACCUCAUAUGAAAUUGGAAUUGUACGACAGUUUCCCUUCUCUUCAGCUCUGCAGCGAAUGGCAGUAGUUGCCAAAGUACUUGGAGAAAAACGCAUGGAUGCCUAUGUAAAGGGAGCCCCAGAAGUGAUUGCUAGCCUUUGUAGAUCAGAAACGGUACCUUCUGACUUUGCUAUUGUUUUAGAAGAAUACACAAAGCAGGGCUACCGAGUCAUUGCACUUGCACACAGAAAAUUGGAGUCUAAAAUUUCAUGGCAUAAAGUACAAAACAUUAGUAGAGAUGCCAUUGAAAAUAAUAUGACAUUCUUGGGUCUCAUCAUUAUGCAAAACAAGCUGAAACCAGAAACUCCAGCUGUUCUUGAAGACCUUCGCAAAGCCAAUAUCCGUAUGGUCAUGGUCACAGGAGACAACAUGUUAACUGCAAUUUCUGUUGCCCGAGACUGUGGAAUGAUUCUACCUCAUGAUAAGGUUAUUGUAGCUGAAGCACUACCUCCUAAAGAUGGCCAAGCUGCCAAGAUUAACUGGCACUAUGCAGACACCAUGCCAAGGAGCAACUUGAAUGCAAUAAAUCAAGAGGUUAUUCCUAUGAAAUCAGUAAAUGACAGCCUUGAAGAGAAUCAGAUUGAUUAUCAUUUUGCUAUGAAUGGAAAGUCUUUUGGAGUCAUCUUGGAACACUUUCAGGACCUGCUUCCAAAGUUGGUAUUGCAUGGUACAGUGUUUGCACGGAUGGCACCUGAUCAAAAGACGCAGUUAGUAGAAGAGUUGCAGAACGUAGAUUACUAUGUUGGCAUGUGUGGAGAUGGAGCAAAUGAUUGUGGGGCACUGAAGAGAGCUCAUGGAGGGAUAUCAUUGUCUGAACUAGAGGCGUCUGUGGCAUCACCUUUCACCUCCAGAACUCCUAGCAUUGUCUGUGUGCCAAACCUGAUACGAGAAGGACGUGCAGCAUUAGUAACAUCUUUCUGUGUGUUUAAGUUCAUGGCUCUAUACAGUAUUAUCCAGUACUUCACAGUUGUGCUUCUGUAUUCUAUUCUCAGCAAUUUAGGAGACUCCCAGUUUCUUUUUAUAGACCUGGCAAUAAUCUUGGUGGUCGUGUUUACAAUGAGUUUAAACCCAGCUUGGAAAGACUUGGUUGCACAAAGACCUCCUUCUGGUCUCCUCUCUGCAUCCCUUCUCUUUUCGGUCCUCUCCCAAAUCCUAAUUUGCUUGGCUUUCCAGGCCAUGGCUUUCCUUCUUGUAAAACAGGAGCCUUGGUACGAGGUCUGGAACCCCAGCACCGACGCAUGUAAUGUCUCCAUGGAUGAGCACUUUCACAAUGACACUCAUCAUGAUGAACACAACAUCAAAAACUUUGAAAACACCACUCUCUUCUUUGUGUCCAGCUUCCAGUACCUCAUUGUGGCAGUUGUAUUCUCAAAAGGAAAGCCUUUUCGCCAACCCAGCUACAAAAAUUAUUUUUUUGUUAUCUCUGUAUUGGCUCUUUAUGCCUUAAUAUUGUUCUUCAUGCUGUAUCCGAUUGAAUCUGUUGAGAAUGUCUUUGAGUUGGUCUGUGUUCCAUAUCAAUGGCGCCUUGUAAUGGUCUUCAUUAUUGGUGGAAAUGCCAUCACUUCAAUUGUUGUUGAGACUAUCGUCCUUGAUAUCAUACUCUGGAAACUUGUGUUCAACCGAGACAAGCAGGGAGAGUACCACAAAGUCACCCACCCCCCACAGGAGGUGAAUGAUCGCUGGGCAGCACGUUUAUUGUCUUUUUUGUGUUUCUGCAAAAAGACCCCAAAAGCCAAAUACAUGCACUUAGCACAAGAGCUGUUGGUCGAUCCCGACUGGCCACCUAAGCCAAGAACAACUACAGAAGCUAAACCAUCUACACUGGAGAAUGGCAGCUAUCAAAUUGUCACAAUUACGUAGCAGCGACUCUCUUUGACUAUUUUUACCAUGGUUAAUUCAUAUGCGCUGCAUGGGAUGUCUGCAAUGCAUUGUGGAGCAGUUCACUGCAGAGCCCUUUACAUAAUGCCUCCAUUCAUACACAUGUCUGGAUGUAAUGUCUGAAUAGAUAUCUUUUUGCAAAGACUUCAGAAAUGAUUUUAGAGCACCCUUCCAAUGUUAAACUCCUUCCUCAUCUUCAGAUCGGGUGUGAGACUUAUCUGUACACUGGGCAUUAUAGUUGUCUUGGCAAGUCUAUGACGCCCUACUGUAAUAGGACCCAUGCAUGAUAUUCGCUGGAAGUGGUAUAAUGCCUAGACUAUACCUCCCAGCAUGCAGUGGGAGCUCCGUACAUCUGAUUUAAAGUUCUGGAUGGGAAAGUCACUUAGGAGUGACACUUUCUGCAGCACGCAUGGUGAGCGAAACUAUAAUGAAAUGUUGGGACCAUGCUCUGUCUUUUUAUUGAUCGAUUAAGAUUAUCAUCUUGUACAACUUUGCCCGCAGACAUCUUGAUGACUCUUCCAUAGCUCUAGUCCAGUUUCACUGAGAAUAUUUAUGGACUAAUUUAUUACAAACAAGUAAUGUGGCCUGACUUCAGGUCUGUUAUCCCGAACUCACCUCUUGAUUGAGAUCAUGCAAAAUAAUCUUUGUAUUGUAUUAAGCUGCAAGAAGCCCAAUUUUUUUUCUUCAUAUAAAGUUGCUUAAAAGAUCAGUUUUUUUUGUAUUUUUUGGUUACGUCACUCACCUGCCCAUCUUCUACCAAUCCAUUAACUAAAACUCAUGUGGAGUACCAAAGAAUCUUUUCAUUUUUACCCCCAGUUGACAGUGAGCAGAUUGUUAUCUGUUGUUAUACUGGAUGUAUUUACAGAGAGAACAUUGUCUGGGGAUGGACAGUGUUGGAUAUUGCAGUUUUAUUCAGUUGGUUUAAGAAAUUUCUCUAAAAAAACAAUAUUACCGAAUACAUGACUUUUGUUUGAUUUCUUUAUAAAUCGCUCCACCAAAUCAUUAAGUGUUUGCACUAGAAAACAUUUCCGAAUUCUUUGCAAGAUGAUAUUUGAAAGCAAAGCGAAUGAUUGUUUUAUAAAUGUACGUGUAAAGACUAAACAGAAAUUUCUAUUUUUUUUUCUUCAGCUAGAUCUAUGCAUUUCAGACCUUAGAGCUGUGAAUUUUGCUGUGUUCAGUUCUGAUACUAUGAAAAUGUAUUUAUUUUUAUUUUUUUAAAUCUGUGCUCAUCUUCCAGGCACUAAAGAGUUAAAUAUGGGCAUAAACCAGAGAGUAUGUGCACCAAUAAGGGAUGCAUCAGAAAUUUGUUUACCAGCCUUGGUCAGAAAUUUUAAUUAAAAUACCGUAUGUUCCUUAAUGGUCUAAACAAUGAUGUACAACGGGAUAGGGAUAGCAGUAUUAACGUACCCAAGUUUAUAUUUAAUGAUGACAUUACAAGCUGCCUGCAAUAUCAAUAUAGCAGGGUAUCCCCACACCUAUUAGUUGUCUCCCUUUUAAACUCACACCAUUCCUAUGUCCUUGUGAGAUAUGGACACAGCCAAGAUCUCCUGCUAGACUUCAUCUAUGAAAUGUGCAACCACUGCUUUGAGUGGGGAACUUAUGUUUGUGGUGGGAGAAUCCUUUGAGCCAACUUGAACUUCGGUGUAAAACCCCUUUUAAUAGUAAAAUCGUAACAAGUUGUGCCCAUUGACCUAUUUAGCUCUGCUAUACUUAUCUGUACAGUAUCUUGUUAAGUUAUUUGUUUACAUAUUGUAAAGGUCUCCCCUGCACCUCUUUGAUCUCAGGGAGCACUGUGUUCAGGGAGCAUUUGAAGUUUUCUAUGUGCCAGCUGAUUUAUAUACAGCUGUUACUUCAUUUGUCUGUAAGCACAAGGAUACUGUUAUCAGUUCCAAUUUUCCAAUUAACAUGCAUGGUUAAUUUGCAUAACUUGUAUUUUAAUAUAUUGGAGUAGUAAAAGAUAAGCCGUGUCGUACGAGUAUCGUAUCGAUUAUAGUAUGGGUGUUUAGUGAAUUUGUCAAGUUCGAAGGCUUUUUCUUUUCAGAAGGAUGCUAAUUUUGCAUUUCGGAGUUAACCCCCUCUUAUCAAAUCGGUAAAUGAUCUGAUAAAGGGGUUAACCCCAAAACGUGUAAUCGGCCUUUGAACUUGAUGACUUCACCUAUCUGUGUAAUGCUUGUGUUGCAGCGCCUACAAAGGGAUUAUUAUUUUUUUUUGGGGGGGAUGUUAAGAGAAUGGUAGUAUUUAUCUAACAGAAACAAAAGAAUGUCAGGAUGAAUCUUGUUUUUCAAUCUUAUUUAAAGCCUACCAGCCAAUCAUUGUGUAUGGGGGAAGUUAAGAAUCUGCAUUGUAAACUAUCCAGUCCUUUUUGCUCUUGCGGGGCAAAAAGCUGCCACCAGAUGAGUCUUACACUGGCUUGCUGCACCUUCUCCAUUUAGAACACCUGGUAAGGCUGGGUUCACACUACGUUUUCUCCCAUACGGGAGCGCAUACGGC